AUGGAGAACAGCAACCUAGACAUCUGGCUCUCCGGUGCCGUAGCCGUCGUAAUAGUCGACUUUCUCGUAUACCCCUUCGACACGCUCAAAACUCGCAUCCAAUCACCGAACUACAACACUGUAUACAAGGACCCCGCGACGAAUACAAUCCGCAAGAAUGUCCUCUUUCGCGGGCUGUACCAGGGAGUCUUUAGCGUGGUGCUGUCGACGAUUCCAGCUUCAGGAGCAUUCUUCACAACAUACGAAAACGUCAAAGCCACACUCAACAAAUCCAAGAAAUCUCAAUCCCACUCCCUCCCAACACCCCUAAUAAACGCGCUCUCCUCCUCCGUCGCUGAAUCCGUCUCUUGUCUCCUCCUUACUCCCGCAGAGGUAAUCAAGCAGAAUGCGCAGGUGAUCAAUAAUGCCAGCACCAACACGGGUGCGAAGAAACGAGGAGGUGGGAGUGUAACACUCCAAGUCAUGCGCCGCUUCACGUCCCAGCCCUGGAAGCUCUGGAGUGGGUAUAGUGCGCUCCUGGGGAGGAAUCUCCCCUUUACGGGGCUGAACUUUCCAAUCUUCGAGUUUGUUAAGGGGGAGUUGAUUAAGUACAGGCGGCAAGGGCAGCGGCAUCGCUCAGAUCCGGGUUCGUGUGGAAGUAGUGCUGGGGGACAGGGGAGAGGAAUUGAGCGAGGUCAAGGGAGAGGAGGAGAGCCCGUCUUUGAAAGAGCUGUUUUGACGGGCAUUGCGGCCAGUAUAUCAGGUAGUAUAGCGAGUGUGGUUACGACGCCCAUUGAUGUUGUCAAGACGCGGAUGAUGCUUGCUGCUUCUGGGGAGGGGUCUGGUUCUGGUGUUGGAUCCGAGGUGAAACAAGCAGAAAGAGGCGCUUGGAGUGUUGGAAAGGAGAUUUUCAGGAAUGAGGGAGUGCGAGGGUUGUUUCGUGGAGGGGCGAUCCGGGUCGUGUGGACGGCCAUGUCGUUGAGUAUCUAUUUGAGUAUUUAUGAGGGUGGGCGGUUCUACUUGGAGAAGAAGAGAAAGGAGAGUAAGGCGAGCUAA